AUGUCUUCUACAGAAUUCUCUAUCGACUCGUCUUUCCUAUCAGAUGAGACUCUACAUGAAGCGUAUGAACUUGAGAUUCAAUCCAAAAACGGCGAGCCCGUUCGCUUCGGUGAGCUCGUCGCCGGUAAAGGAGAUUCGGUCACUACAGUGGUCAUCUUUGUGAGACACUUUUUCUGCAUCUAUGACCAAGAUUAUGUUCGAUCUCUCAGUGCACAGAUGACGCAUAAGAUACUCGACACGAUACCAAAUCAUGCCAAACCGGCACAGGUUAUAAUAAUCGGUUGUGGUGAUCACUCUCUUAUCGGGCCAUAUAUGGAAGAAACCUCCGAUGCCUUUCCCAUCUACACCGAUCCGACAGCAAAGAUAUACGAGCAGCUGGAGAUGAAGAGGACCUGGACUGGGUUCACUGAACCACCACCGUACUCAUUGGAAUCUUUCCCUAGUGCUUUAUAUAGGGAUCUUAAGCAGAGAUGGAAACGCGGAUGGUCUGCACUUCUGGGCGGCCCCGCAGACCAGCAAGGAGGAGAAUGGGUUUUCCAGCGAGGAAGAUUGAAAUAUGCACAUCGUAUGCAGGGUGCAAGUGAUCAUUUAACAGCGGAUCGUUUGCUCGAUAUCUUGACAGUGGAUCAAGAAGAAAAAGAUGCAUUCGAUGAAGGGAAAUUGGGCGGAUCGUAUUGA